UGCUUGAAAAAACUAUAUUUGCUUGCAUGUUCCCUUAUUUCUUCUACAAUACACUCUGAAAAUCGUUGAUUUUCUUUCUGGGUUUUAUUUAUUGUUAGAUAGUGAGUGAUUUUGAAACCCAAAUACAUUCACUGUUGUUGCUCACUUCUAGAGGUUUCAUUUCUUGCUUUGGUCUUGUACAUUUCUGUAUAAGUGUUUUUGGAUCCUCAUAUGUGACAAAAGGUGCUGCUUAUUGUCUGGCAACCUAUUUUUGAGAUUUCAUGGCUAUGCCAGCAUGAUUGUUUGCUCUCCCAUCAGCACAUGUGUGAAGAAUGUUGUCCACCUGAGUAGCUGAGUUCAACAAAUGGGCAGCACUAUCUUGAAUGUGGUAUCUGGUGGACAAACCACUUGCUGUUUUUCUUUGUACCCUGGUCUUUCCAGGACAAGUUAUUCUCGUUUGUCUGUCUCAAAGACAUUCUCUUGUCCAUCAAUUAGCUAUAAAACGAUACAGAGCAACCGUUUUGGAUCCAUUUUGAGCAAGCAAAGGGCUGAUUUGCAAUCAUUUACUGUAAAAGGUGUAGUUAGAUCCAGAGGUCCUCUGAAUAGACAAUUCAAUAUUUCAUUGCCAUGCCAAGUCAUGAAUCUGAGGUUUUCAGUUUCAAAACAAGGAGUUCUAUCCAAAAUCAAUGAUAAUACAGGAUCUAUUUCUUGGUCACAAGGAUAUCCCACCACUGGCAUAAUUUUUGGUCUUCUGGUUUGUUAUUCAAAUUCUGAGCCAACACACGCUGAAGCAGCUACACAUAAGAAUGACAAGGAGGACAAUUGCAAUUUAUCAGAUGUUAAAUUCUCACACGGGAAGGAAGUUUACACAGACUACUUCAUUAUUGGAAUACCAGGAGAUGGUAGAUGUUUGUUCCGCUCUGUGGCUCACGGGGCUUGUAUACGGUCUGGGAAACCAGCUCCAAGUGAAAACCUUCAGAGAGAAUUAGCAGAUGACUUGCGUUUUAAAGUUGCUGAUGAGUUUAUCAAGAGAAGGGAAGAGACAGAAUGGUUUAUAGAAGGCAAUUUUGAAACCUAUGUGUUGCGAAUGAGGAAGCCACAUGUGUGGGGCGGUGAGCCUGAGUUGUUGAUGGCUUCUCAUGUUCUCAAGAUGCCAAUCACUGUGUACAUGUACGACAAGAAUGCGAGGGGCUUGAUAUCCAUUGCAGAGUAUGGUCAGGAGUACGGGAAGGAAGAUCCAAUUAGGAUUAUAUAUCAUGGUUUUGGCCAUUAUGAUGCCUUACAGUUUCCAGGAACUAGAGGUGGUAAAUCAAAACUUUAAUAUUCCUUUAAUACCGAAACUGAAAAGAAAUUCAUGAUACAGGCAUGUAAUUGUGUCUUUUUCUCUGUGUUGCAUACUAUGAUGAUUUUCACAUAACCGAUAGCUGUGGACGAGUUAAAUUCUACGUCCUGACUGUAUUACGUGAUCUCUUGAGCUAA